AUGGAGCUUUCACCAGACACGCAUGCCCUCUACAUCCGAGCCAUGGGAGACCCUUCCGCCCUCAGUUUCAACGAGAAACGCCAGGUCAUGGGCCGCGCACCAAUCAAAGACGAAGACAACGAAGAGUCCGUCAAGCUUUUCGGCCGAAGCAUCCAGAAACUCAUCCAAAAAGCCCACGACGCCCCCUACGAGCUCACGCUGGAGGAAUGCGAAUUCAUCGAGAAAACGAUGAAAACGCCGCCCCGCAAUGCAUUCGACAGAUUGACGCCUGAGCAUGAGAAACUGGAGGAAGACGCCCGGGGCAAAGUCAAAGAAACAGUGGACCAGCAAGAGAGCUUCACCGAGUUUCUCGGCGUCAUGACGGCUACCAACCGUGCCAAACAGCUCAGGCUCGACCGGCAGAUCAAGCGCGAAUGGGGCGUCGAGGCGGACAUGAGAACCCGUCUUGAAGCUGCCAAGGACUUGCAGCGACCGACGUGGCUUCAGGAGAUGGUCGAUGCAAACAUGGAACAUUGGGGGUUCAUCGUUUUCCGGACAGGACAUGUCGAGAACUUCUACGACGAGACAAAGAGUCAGAAAGAGAAGGAUGACGUCGCCUGGGCACGUUUCGAAGAAGCCUACUACACAGUCGCUACUCACGGGCUGAAGUAUCAGUGGGCAAACCUAGGCGGGGACGAGCUGUCGGAUGCGCACAACUCGCUGUUCAUCGCGGUUCCUGAGCAACCGACCCCGACAAUGGCCGACAUGCGACACAUUUUCCAUCAGAUAAGGGCCAAUGGACAGAUCCCAAACGGGAUCAGAACAGACUGUUUCCUGGUGGCUGACAUGUCUGCAGUGCCAUUCGAAUGGUUGUUGGAGGAGCCCAUGUCAUACACAGACAUCUACAUUCGGCAGUUCGCUGGGACUCACUCCAUGGAUGUUCAAGCCGUGGAUCCUGAUGUUGCAGAGACAGUAUCGUCUGAUGGAGGGUUUGCAGGAGAGAUCAACGUGCCGUUGACGAGAGUGUAUGACUGGUUGUACUACAGCCUGUUCGCGAAGUCGGACAGCUGGGAUCAGAGGCAUCAUACUACAACGACACAGACUUGGACUAUGGACUUGUGGGGUGAUGACGAGGUUCCGCCUUCACAUCCCAAGUAUUAG